AUGGAUGGAUAUUAUGGUAUUGAUCUGGAAGAAAUUGCUGAGUUCCAGGAGGUCAUGCCGCCGCAGGUGCGUGGGUCUCGCGAUUCCGGCUGCGGGGAUUUGGGGGAGGGUUUCGUCGAUGAGACCGAGCCGAUCGCCUCGUCUGUCCCUGCCUCACGUUGGGACCUGGACACUGAGUGGCCAGACUCCGGUCUGGCUGUCAAGCGAUUUGGUGCCUUUGUUGACGAUGUCGAGCUCUUUGAUCCAGCCCUUUUUGGCAUCGGCACCCAGGAGGCAUCUGCCAUGGACGCCCAGCAGCGGCUGGUGCUGGAGGGGUGCUGGGAGGCCUGCGCCGCCGUGCUGCCCUCAGACCAGCCGCCGCCCCCGGCUGCGGUGGCGGUGGGCAUCAGCUACGCGGAGUAUGGUGCACGUGCGCGUCCCCACGGCCUCAGCGCGCACAGCGCGCAGAGCGGGACGCUCAGCGUGGCCGCCGGCCGCGUGUCCUACACCCUGGCCCUGGCCGGCCCCGCCCUCUGCGUCGACACCGCCUGCUCCUCGGCCCUGGUCGCGCUGCACCUCUGCGCCGGCUCGCUCUGCGCCGCGGCCCCCGGCCUGGCCGCCGGGGUCUUCCUGGGCCUGGCCCCCGACGCCGUGGCCGCGCUGGCGCGGGCGGGCAUGCUGGCUCCCGCCGGGCGCUGCCGGACGCUGGACGCCGGCGCCGACGGCUACGCGCGCGGCGAGGCCUGCGUCGUGCACGCAUUGUUGCCUGCGGGGGGAAAGUGGGGCGCCGAGAGAGGAGGGCGCGCGCUGCUUUGCGUCGCUGGCAGCGCGGUGAACCAGGACGGGCGGUCCAGCAGCCUGACCGCGCCGCACGGCCCCAGCCAGGCCGCCGUGCUUUCCUCCGCGCUGGCCGGCCUGCCGAGGGGUUCCGCCCUCACCGCGCUGGAGCUCCAUGGCACGGGCACCGCGCUGGGUGACCCCAUCGAGAUCGGCGCUGCGCUGGGGGUUGCGCUGGGGGAACGGUGUGCCGGGAAUCGUGCCCCAACCGUGCCGCUGGAGCUCAUGGCCUCCAAGACUCGCGCGCUGCACGCUGAGCCCGCUGCGGGGGCGGUGGGUCUCGCCGAUCUGGCCGGCCGCCUGCUGGGGGAGGACAGGCCCCUGACGACCCUGCACCUCGGCAUCCUCAACCCUUACGUUGCGACCAUCUUUGAUGGAGAGCGCCGAGGGAGCGAAGAUGGCAGGGCCUGGAUUGUCCGGCGGCAGGGCGGUGCCCCAGUCAGCAGGCGAGGCCACGUCAGGCACGCCGCCACGCACGGGGGCGUGAGUGCCUUUGCAUUCCAGGGUACCAACGCGCACGCCGUGCUCGCGGCCGACCCCGGCGCCGAGCUCGUGCCGGCGGGAGGGGUGCUGGCCCGCGUGGCGCGGCCGGGCGUGCACUGGUGCCUCCCGCUGGCGGCGGCCCUGACGGCCCCCAGGGGGCCUUUGAGGCUCCCCGGCGGCAUGGAGGCCUACCUGGGCCGCCCACACGCCUCGCCCGCCCACGCCCGCCCCGCCUGGGUGGCCGCGGUGCGGGCGGGGUGCGCGACGCUGCUCUCGCACCGAGUGCUGUGUGAUGCUGGCGCCCCGCUGGUCUCACUGCACGACAACCAGUUUGCAUCCCUGGAGGAAUGGGCGGCGCGGGCCGCGGCGGCGGCGGCCGCGGCCGAGGCGCCGGCGGCUGCUUCGAGCCGGGCGGAAGCCGAGGCGCGGGCCAAGGGCCAGCCGAGCCACCUGGAGAGCAAGGCCGUGGCCCGGACGGAGCCGGAAGUCAGGCUGAAGCUGGUCCACAUCGUGACGGAGCUGCUGGGGGGGGACGUGGGGGAGGAACAGCCGCUGAUGGCCGCGGGCCUGGACUCCAUCGGGGCAGUGGAGCUGCGGAACGCCGUGGCCUCGGCCUUUGGCAUGGAGCUGCCAGCCACCGUGGCCUUCGACCACCCCACCAUUGGUGCCAUGGCACAGCUCAUUGCCGGGUCGGGGGUUGAUGGGGGGAAUGGGGAGGGGGAAGGCCAGGUUGUGCAUGCUCCCAUCGUCCCUAUGCAGGGUGCGGAGGGGCUGGUCGGCAUCUGGAGCGCAGCGACUCGAGCUGUGGGCGGAGUGGCGGCCACAGGAGACUUUACAAAGAGUCUCUGGGUGGAGGAGGACCUCGUCAGCGUGGCCCCUCUGGAGCGUUGGGACGUCGACACCCUGCUGCUUCCAGACGAGAUCAAGCACUCUACUGGGCCGCGUUUUGCGGUGUGGACCUCGGAGGUGGCCAGCUUCGACGACGCGAUGUUCCAGCUAUCCACCACCGACGCGGUGGGCCUGGACCCGCAGUGCCGGCUGCUGCUGGAGGAGGCGGUCGCGGCCCUGGCCGGGGCGCAACUGGCCCUCCCCCCCGCCUCGGCGGGCGUUUAUGUGGGGUCGGUCUGGACCGAGUACAGCGUGCUGCAGGACGCCCUGCGGGUGCCCGCCACCACCGCGGCCCUGACGGGCAGCGGGCUGAACUUCCUGGUCGGCCGCGUGUCUUACACCCUGGGCUUCCAAGGCCCCUGCCUGGGCAUGGACACGGCCUGCUCCUCCUCGCUGGUGGCGGCGCACCUCGCGCGCGCCUCGCUCCUCCAGGGCGAGGCGGGCGCGGCACUGGCAGCGGGCACCAACCUGUGCCUGGUUGCCAGCACCCCAAUCCACCUGGCCCAGCUGUCGGCGCUGUCGGCGGUGGGGCGGUCCUGCGCCUUCGACCUGGCCGCCGACGGCUACGGUCGCGGGGAGGGCGCGGUGGUCGUGACCCUGGGCCUGUGUGACUCGCAUGGCACUGCGCGCCCCCUGGCGGCCCUGCGCGGGUCGGGGUACAACCAGGACGGUCGUUCCUCCAGCCUCACCGCGCCCAACGGCCCCGCCCAGACCGCGCUGGUGCGGGCGGCGCUGGCCGCCUGCGGGGCGACCGGCGCUGACGUGGCGCUGGCCAGCGUGCAUGGCACGGGCACCCCGCUGGGGGACCCCAUCGAGGCGCGGCUGGGGCACACCGAGGGCGCCGCCGGGCUGCAUGGCGCCCUGGCCGCCCUGGCCUGUUUGACCCUGGGGGCAGUCCCCGCCAACCCGCACGCCCGCUCCCUGAACCCCUACGUCGCUUCGGCGCUGGAGGCCUGGACGCAGCGCCGCCGCCCGGGGAUCAUCCCGAGGGGCCCCCCUCUGCAUGCUACACCCUUCCUCCCCCCUUUCUUCCACACGAAGGGGCACGCGCCGGGCCCUGCGCUACUUCACCAGCCUCAUACCUCGCUGGCGGGGUGCAGCUCCUUUGGCAUGAGUGGCGUCAACGCGCUGGAGGGGCGGCUGCAGUCGCCGCGCCUCGCUUUCCUGCUGGACCACGUGGUCCAGGGCAUGGCCAUCCUGCCUGGCGCCGCCAUGCUGGAGUGUGGGCUGUCCACGGUGUCCACGCUGGGGUCCAGGGGCACCCCGCUUCCACACGGCUUUCUCGCCGCCGUCAGCAUCCCGGCCCCGCUGCCCCUGGACGUCAGAACCUCCGUGCUGUCCUGCGAGGCGGACCCCGCCACAGGCGCACUGAGGGUGGCAUCAGCUGCUCAACAGGGCACCGCGACCGCGCGGAGGCUGCACCUCCUGGCCACCGGUUGCAGGGCGUCCGCUGCGACGGGGCCGCCAGCAUGCACUGAGACAGCCAGCAAUCCUCCCACGGCUGCCGCUGCACUCCUGGCCGGCCUGACAAGCAUUGCGCUGCUGAGCAUUCUGGACCACCCCCCGGACAUCCACAGCCUGGCGGCAGCCAGCGAGACAGCCGUCAUCGAUCCCGCCUGGCAGGUGCACCCCGCCCUGGCAGAUGCGGCCCUGCACUUGGGCCCCGCCACCGGAGACGUGGGUGUGCAGGAAAGCGUGGCACGCACCCGAGUUGUGGCCGGCAUGGAGGCGGCUGGCCGCCCUCCUGCCGUGCAGGCGGGCCCUGCCAUGACAACGGGAGCCUGGGUCACGGGGCGACGCGCCCCCAUGACCCCAGACGGCACUGUCAUCACUGACCACAGCAUCCAGCCCCUGGCACUUAGCGUGGAGGGACUACUGGCCCGGCCCAUCGAUCUGUCGGGCGUGGCGGGUGGCACAGACCCGGACCGCAGCAGGCUGAUUUAUGAGACGGACUGGCAGUUGGGACAGGGUCACAGGGCUGCUACAGGGAACAUUGUGGCGGCCCAUUCUUCCACAAGCAGCCUCGUGCAGUGCGCGGUUGCGGUGCAGGCGGUGCAGGCCAGCAUUGCUGCAGGCAGGCUCCAGCGCGCCUCUGCCCAGACCUGGGGCGGCUGUGACGCGCCGGUGGGCAGGCGUGGGGUUGACAGGGCACCCUCCUGCGUCCCUGCUUUCCUCAGGCUCCUGCCCCAGGAGGUGCCGGGGUGCGCGGUUGACAGCACGGAGCUGAGCUUCAUCCGGCCGCACCCUGGCCGGAACGCAUCCAAGCCUGCCGGGAUUGGCAACACCUUUGGCUCGCGGGAGGCGGCGGCCAAGCUGGCGCUCCCACGCCUGGUCGUGCGCGAGCCGGAACCUUCGCCGCCUACGCCGCAUGUGAGCCGGGUGGACCACCUGACGGGAGGCGGCGUCGUCACGGGCGGCCUGGGCUCCCUCGGCAUGCUGUACGCGCUGUGGCUGAGCAGCGCCGGCGGGGCAGGGGCCAGCGUGGCCCUGCUGGGCAGGAGCGGCAGGGCGGGGCCGGAGACGGUCUUUUCCGGGAGGCUGAUGCGCGGUGCUGCCGUGGUGCAGGCCGUCAGGGCCGACAUGAGUGCGGCCUCGGAGGUGGCAGCUCUGGUGGACCUGCUAGAGGGCUCAACUGCCAGAUCCCCAAUCCAGAGCUUUGCGCAUGCUGGAGCCGUUCUCGACCCAAAGACCCUUUCUGCCAUCACCCUGGGCAGCAUGCGCCUGGAACAUGGAGGCAAGGUCUCGGGGGCACACAACAUGACUGCCUCCACGCUUGCCUCCCCAUUGACCUGCAUGCAGCUCUUCUCGUCUCUGGCGGCCUUCAGCGCAGCCGCCAGCCAGGGAAGCUAUGCCGCGGCCAAUGAGGCCGUGGAGGGGGCCGCGGGGGAGCUGCAGGAGAGGGGGAGGCCCUCCCUCUGCGUGCAGUGGGGCAACUGGGGCGGCGGAGGCAUGGCAUCCCGCAACCCCGCCUUCAUCGCUGCGAUGGAGCGCAUGGGGCUGGGCACCAUCGACCCCGGCAAGGGCCUCGCCGCCAUGGCGGCACUGCUCGGCCAGACCUCCUCUGGCACUUCUGCUGUCGGGGCCCCACGUCGCCUCACCGUGAAUGUCUUCCUCUGGAAGAACAUCGCCAGGGGCAUGACGACAGUGGACCCCAUCUUCCAGGAGUUCAUUCAGUCGACAGAGUGA